AAUUCCACUCUCCGGCCAGGCAAUCGCCACCACCGCAUGCCUAUAAAGCGAGCCAGCGGAGACAAGGAGAGGAGCAACCCAAUAAGCCAGCGGGACGCCGGAGAGAGGGGGUAGAAGCUGCCACGCGCGCUUCGCCCAAGCCCCCCUCCUCCUCCCCCUCGCCACACCGCUCGCGGCCUCCAUAGCCGUUUGCACGUAGCACGUACGCACGCGCGCAGCGCGGGCGAGGGAGACAGAGCUCGCGCGUGCGCCUCCCCCCGUCGGCCGUCUCUCGCCUGCCAUGGGAACGGAGGUGCUCCGGCCGCACGACUGCCUGUCCCGCGUCCGCCACCACGCCCACGCCCACGCCGGCUCCAGGCGGUCCCCGCGCCCGGCCGCGAGGACGCGCCGCGGCUCCGCCCGGCGCGGCCAGGCGGCGUCGCCCCUGCCGCAACAGAUGCGAGUCAAGGUGGCGGCCGACACCGCGGACGCCGCGUAUGCCGGGCCUGCGUUCGGCGCCAUGUCGCCGUCGCCGCGGGCGCUGCCGCUGCCGCGCUUCAGCAACUCCAAGACGGCAGCCCCGGCCACCGUGGACGACUCGGCCACCCGGGAGCUCCGGCGGCUGCUGGGCCUCGAGCGGCCGACGAACUAACCACGCGCGACAAAUCCAACGAGCAGGCCACGGACUCAGCAAACGAAGAAGAAAGGGCGUGUCAAGAACUCAAGAUGUACGUGUGGGUCUCUUGCAUUGAUUCUUUUUGGUCAAUCUCCGACGGCGCGCGUUCCCGGGGCCUCCCCCGUCCGGUGUUUUUGUCAAGGACCGAGGGAGGUGGGGAGCAUUGAGCAAUGCUCCCGUUGUGCGGAACCCGUCGUAGGAGAGGGGGCUAAACUAGAAGGAGAAAUGAUGAAAUGGCAGGAAGAUUUGAUGUGGUUAACUGAAUCUGAUGAUCUUCA